UAUUUGCUUGUUGAUGUCACUCCUCAACUACCAAAUCUCCUUGCUGAGUCCCAGGGCCCCCGGAAGGAUGUUGUUUUCCUCGUUGAUGGAUCCGAUGGUGUUGGACGGGAAUUUGCUAUCAUCCAGGAGUUCAUCCGCCGGGUCGUGGAGAGUCUCAAUGUGGGGGAGAACAAAAUCCGGAUUGGUGUGGUCCAGUAUGGUGACUUUGCUCAGGCUGACAUGUACCUGAACACGCAUACAACUAAAGAAGGAGUUUUGAAUGGGAUCAGGGAAAUGAGCCAUCGAGGAGGUAGACAACGUAACCUGGGUCAAGCAUUGCAAUUUGUCAGUCAGGAUGUACUGACAGCAGCACGGGGUAGCAGAAAGCAAGAGGGCGUACCGCAGUUUGUGAUUGCCGUGUCCAGUGGCCCUUCUACAGAUGAUGUCAAUCGUGCAGCGUCUUCCCUCAAACAAUCUAGAGUUCUUCCUUUCAGCAUUGGGACAAGGGAUGUUAACCCCACAGAGCUGCGGGUGGUGUCAUAUGUGUCCAACUUUGCCUUCACUGUAGAUGACCUCCCUGGCUUGUACACAGUCCAAGAAAACUUAAUCAACACUCUCACUGAGCUGUCAGAUGAUGACAUCGCCAGGAUGCGUCCGGAGUUCCCGACUUAUGACGUAAUCACACCAGUACCUGCAGGAGGAGAAAAGAGGGAUGUCGUAUUUCUAAUUGAUGGCACGACCGCGGUGCGCAGCGAGUUCCCUUCCAUCCGUGACAUGAUAAGAAGAGUUGUGGAGAAGCUGGAUAUUGGAUUGGACAAGGUCCGAGUUUCAGUGGUGCAGUACAGUGAUGAACCAAAGACAGAAUUUCUUCUAAAUGAACUGUCCAGCAAAAAUGAGGUACGCCAGGCUGUGAUGAGACUUCGAAGCAAAGGCGGUAAUCGCUUAAACACGGGUCAGGCAAUUGAGUUUGUUGGCAGAAACAUCUACCAGAGGGCAGCAGGAAGCCGCAUUGAGGAGGGUGUGCCUCAGUUCCUCAUUCUAGUUACAGGUGGCAAGUCCGCAGAUGAUGUGUCCGCGCCAGCUGAACAACUCAAGAGAAGCCAGGUUGCACCUCUUGCCAUUGGUUCACGGAAUGCAGACUCAGACGAAUUGAGACAGAUUUCUCUCAAGCCAGAGCUUGCAUAUACAGUUGACAGUUUCCAACAGCUUCCAAGAGUGGAGUCACAGAUCAUCGAUUCAGUCACAACAAUGUCCACGGCCGAUAUCGUCAGUAGUUAUGUUCCUCCUGUAGUGGACCUCGCAAACCUGGACCUUGGGAGAAAGGACAUUAUCUUUCUUAUUGAUGGCUCAGACACUACAGGUCCUGCUGGGAUUGCUCAUAUCCGUGAUUUCAUCCUCAACAUUGUCCAACAACUUGAUGUGCAGCCUGAUCAAGUGCGUGUGGCCGUUGUCCAGUACGCUGACAGAGUUAAAACAGAGUUCUCACUCAACUCACACAACAACAAGCCAGCUGUUAUCUCUGCCAUCAAAAGACUUCGUCAGAUGGGUGGACGGUCAUCAGAACUGGCGAAUGCCAUUGAGUACGUCAUACAGAAUGAGUUGAAACUUACUGCCGGAGUUCGUCCAUCGGAGGCCUCCCAGCAUCUUGUAGUUCUCACAGGUGGACGCUCUACCCAAGAUGUUUCCAUCUAUGGACCACUGCUGAAGGGCUCUCGGGUGAACUGCAUCGGUAUUGGAGCUGGUGGGGCUGACACAAGACAGUUAAGCCAAAUAAGUACCACUUCAGAGGAUGUAAUUCCGGUUCCUACCUUCCCUGGCCUCCCAGCUAUAAAGGACAGGUUUAUUGCCAGGUUGAGAGGGUCCAUCAUUGACCCACCAACUUUUGACCCACCCACUGAUGGCCUGCCUCCACCUAAAAAGGCUGACAUAGUGUUUUUGGUGGAUGGCUCCAUUAAUUUGGGUCGGGACAACUUUAACGAAGUGAUGUCAUUUAUCAACAACCUAAUUGAUUUGUUCUAUACUGAUAGAGAUGACCUACGGAUUGGUCUGGCACAUUAUGCUACAGAUGUGACUGACGCCUUUUACCUCAACACCUACAAGGACAGGCAAGACAUUCUAAAUGCCAUUGGCCGAGUUGAGUACAAAGGUGGACGUAGAAUCAACACCGGUGCAGCCAUUCGCCAUGCUCAAGAUGUUCACUUCACCAAAGGUAGAGGCAGUAGGAUUGAUGAGGGCACUCCUCAGAUCCUUAUUGCUAUCACUGGAGGACGCUCAGGUGAUGACAGCAAAACAGCAGCCCUUGGUUUGAAGAGUAAAGGUGUGAGAAUCUUUGCUGUGGGAGUGGGGAACAUUCAGGAUGAGUUGGAAAACCUGGCAAGCGAACCCUCCACCGUGGCUCGAGCAAGCACCUUUCAGGAACUUUCAGAGCUCAAUGAACAAAUCCUAGAGACUUUGGAUGAUGAAGUUAAGGGAAAGCUGUGUGUUGGUGUGGUAGACGGGCCUAAAACCUGCAACAUAGAGGUGUUGGUAGGCUUUGAUGUGUCUGCCCAGAACAUCUUCAGUGCUCAGACCAACCUCCAGAGCAAGAUGGGCGCCAUUCUGCGCAGGAUUUCCAAAAUGGCACCUAUCAGUUGCUCAGCUGGACAGAUUCCUUCUAUCCAAGUGGGCAUGCUGGCCAUGGAUUCUGCAUCUGAGCCUGUCCAGCUAGACUUCACAGACAAUGCUGAUGAGCUGUUUGAGGCUUUCAGAGCCCUGCGGAGUCGAGGUCCCUUUGUCCUUAACGGCAAGACCAUCUCAGCUUACAACAACAGAUUCAAAAUACGACAGGACGGCACUGUCAAGGUUGUCAUUCAUUUGACUGAUGGUCUUGAUGCCCCGUAUGCUGAAAUGAAAAGGCGAGUUGAGGAACUUCGGCUCUCAGGAGUGAAUGCUUUCAUCUUGGUUGGACUGGAGCGGGUACCCAAAUUUGAAGACGCUUUGCUGCUAGAAUUUGGCCGUGGCUUCAGGUACACCAGACCCUUACGACUCAAUAUCAUGGACUUGGACUACGAGCUUUUGGAAGAACUGGACAAUAUUGCGGAAAGGGAGUGCUGUGCAGUGCCAUGUAAAUGCACCGGCACCAGAGGAGACAGAGGAGCAGUUGGACAGCCAGGGUCUAAGGGUAGUCCAGGAUCACCAGGAAGCCAAGGACAUCCUGGGGAUGAGGGUGGACCUGGAGAGAGAGGUCCUCCUGGUGUGAAUGGAACUCAGGGUUUCCAGGGAUGUCCUGGACAGAGAGGUGUCAAGGGCUCUCGAGGUUACUCAGGAGAAAAGGGUGAAUUUGGAGAAAUCGGGCUUGAUGGCAUCAAUGGAGAAGAGGGCAAAAGUGGAGUGGCUGGGCCCCCAGGAGACAGAGGAAGCCCUGGCAGAAGAGGUCCUAAAGGUGCCAAAGGACAAGCAGGAGACAUAGGAGACAUGGGAAUCAGAGGCGACCCUGGAACCAGUGGACAAGAUAACAAUCGAGCAGGGCCAAAAGGAGAUCCUGGUGAUGCUGGACCAGCGGGAGAGCCUGGAAAUGAUGGAAAGCAGGGAGGCCCUGGUGAAGUCGGAAGAAGGGGAGCCGAUGGCAGAAGAGGCCCACCUGGACAGGCUGGAAAUCCCGGAAGGCCAGGAGGUGAUGGUGUGCAGGGAGAGUCUGGUGUGGGAGGAUCUCGAGGUCCACCUGGACCAAAUGGUGCACCAGGACCAAGAGGAGAAGAUGGGAACCCUGGACCUAGGGGUCCCGGAGGAAGCCCUGGCCCUGCUGGCGAGAAGGGUAGAAGAGGAGCUCUUGGUCGCAAGGGUGAGCCAGGAGACCCAGGACCUAAGGGUGUUGUUGGAUCCCUUGGACCCCGUGGAGAGCCAGGUGAAGACGGUAGAGAUGGGUUCGGUGUUUUAGGACCUAAAGGAAGAAAGGGUGAUGAGGGUUUCCCAGGAUUCCCAGGACCCAAGGGAGCAGGUGGGGAUCCUGGCACCCAGGGCGGCCCUGGACCCAGAGGAAAUCGUGGACAGAGAGGUGUCUCUGGGAGUAUCGGUACACCCGGACAGAAGGGAGAAGUUGGAUACCCUGGACCAUACGGUUUGAAAGGACCGAGGGGACCAGGCGUCGUGCAAUGUGACCUGGUCAAGAAGAUCAGAGAAAACUGCCCUUGCUGCUAUGGUCAGCAGGAAUGCCCCCUGUACCCCACUGAGUUGGCCUUUGCCCUGGACGUCUCUCAGGGCCUGGGCCGUCCAGCCUUCAACAGCAUGCGUGACACCGUCCUGCGCCUAGUCAAAGACAUAACCAUCGCAGAGAGCAACUGUCCAAGAGGAGCUCGUGUUGCUUUGACCUUGUACAACAAUGAAGUGACCACCGAGGUCCGCUUCGCAGAUGCAAUGAAGAAACGUGCCCUGGUGGAGCGCAUUGAAGGUCUGCAGAUCCCACAGACAAGAAAGCCACGCAACUUGGAAACAGCCAUGAGCUUUGUGGCCCAGAACACCUUCAAGAGAGUGCGUAGUGGUUUCCUUAUGAGGAAGGUGGCCGUCUUCUUUGUCGGUGAUCAAGUCGGUCAGGCGCAAGGAAUUACUAACGCAGCUCUCCGCCUCCAUGACGCUGGAAUCGCCACUCUGUUGCUGGUCAACCGUGACGACAGAGCACUCAGCAGAGCAGUGCAGGUCAAUAACACAGUACUGGCCCAAGUAAUCGUCAUGCCCAACCCUGGAAGUUCACAGUACAACUCAGUCCUCCAAAAAGUUAUGAACUGCCAUGUCUGCCUAGAUAUCUGCUCUCCAGACCAAAUAUGUGACUACAUCCCCCCAUCGGGCACCCGAGACAGACGGUCUUCCACCUCAGACGUGGACAUUGACAUGGCUUUCGUCAUGGACAGCUCUGAGUCUACCUACCCAACAGUCUUUGCUGAGAUCAAACGCUACAUAGCUCACAUGGUGGAUCGGCUUCACGUGUCUUCAAAUCCCUCAUCUUCCGUUCACCACGCGAGAGUGUCUGUGAUCCAACAAGCACCUUACGAGUUCAUCUACAACAAGACCGGCUCUCCUAUCCACGUGGACAUCGGCCUGACUGAGCACCACUCAUCUCAGGACAUUGUCAAAUUCCUCCUGGAGAAGACGCCGCAAUUGGAGGGCGGCCGCGCGCUGGGAGCAGCUAUCGAGUCAACAGUGGAGCAGGUGUUCGAGAAAGCGCCUCUGCAACGUGACAAGAAGGUGCUCAUGCUCUUUGUGACGGGAAGUGUGGAAGAAGAAGAGGAGCAACUUGUUCGUAUUGCCACCGAGGUCAAAUGCAGAGGCUACUUCGUGGUCAUUUUUGCUGUGGGUGAAACUCUGAGUGCAGCGGAUGCUCGCGUCUUGUCACGUAUGGUCAGCGAGCCUUCGGAUGUCUUCAUGAAGCGGCUGGACAGCAUCUCACACUUUUACGACAAACACAUCCAGACCUUUGGCCAGCUGCUGCCAAAGUACAUCAGCAUUGAAAAUGCUUUCUACAUGUCACCUGAAGUCUCCAAAAACUGCAAGUGGUUCCAGAGUGACCAGCCACUAAAAAACCCCUUCACAUCAUCACAGCAGCAGGAGAAGCAUCAGAAACAUCAUGAAAUUCAGCAAGCAGUUCAUCAAAGAAAGCACAAAGACUCAGAGGAGCUACACGUCUCCAAUGUCACCUCCAGCAGCUUGAAAUUGCGUUGGAGCAGCCCAGACCCCAAGCUCUUUGUCUACUUUGAGGUAGCCGUGACGCGACUGCACGACCAUGUGUUGGUGCUGAAGACCAACGUGUCAGGCACAGAGCUUUCUGUGGACAACUUGGAAAGCUCUCAAACGUAUCAUGCUGUGGUGACUGCUUACACAUCAGAAGGUCAAAUUGUCUCAACCCGCAAGGGCAUCAUCACUACCAAAGCAGCAGAGCACAAGCCAGUCAGCCAAGACAGCAGUACUGUAAAUACCACACCACUGGACAAACCAGAAACUGUUAAUGAAUUUGCAGACCCAUGCUCACUUGACUAUGACCCUGGAAUACCGUGCAAAGACUAUCAGGCUAAGUGGUUCUUUGACAGAAAGAACGGGUUCUGUACACAGUUCUGGUAUGGAGGUUGUGGAGGCAAUGAGAAUAGGUUCGAGACUGAGGCCCUCUGCUUGAAAAACUGCAUGAGGUCAGUGCCAGAGCCUCAGCCAAAGGUGCAACAGGUUGAACAGGUGGAGAUCCUCCCGGCUCCCGCGGCCUCCACAGCUGUGGACAUUUGCCAGCUUCCUAAAGAAGAAGGUACCUGCGCCAAAUUUGUCCUGAAGUGGCACUAUGACACCCCCAGCAAGAGCUGCACUCGCUUCUGGUAUGGAGGCUGCGGUGGAAACCAGAAUCGCUUCGACACGCAUGAGCAGUGUGUGACAGCUUGUGGAAAACCAGCACCGGUCAACCAAGGAGUCAUUGCUUCAAUAAGAACAUAGGACAAAAGUGACAGACAUGGCCAGCUUUUACCUCUGUGUAGGGGAUGCUGAGGAGAACCAUCCAAAAUGGCCAUACUGUAAGGAUGCAAUACCAAAGCAACGGUGGCUGCACUGGAUUCCACAAACAUGAACUUUAUCCCCAACAUUCUUGAAGUAGUCUUUUUAACAACAAGAAAGAAAGGCAACACGAUUUGCUGCAUGAUUUGUUUUAACCUACUGGUGCUACGUAGUAAGUUUGUUUGACAGAUGGAGCUGUUAUAAGUGCAUUCAGUUUUUGUAAAGUCAUCUUUUCUGGAACAAUGACAUCAUAUGAAUUUUCAUAUUUUUUAAAAUGCAGUUGUUUUUUUUUAAUUAAACAAGAAACAUAUAUGAAUAUCUUGGACGGAGAUUAGUAUUAAAUCAGUACAUGCAGGACCGGCAUUACUCAAUGCAGUAAUCUUUUUUUUUUUAUACAUAUGUGUUUUUUUUUUUUUUGUUUUGAACAUUCCACGUUCACAUAGCAACAUUGGCUUAUAGUGUUUUCAAACUCACUUGAUCCCUGUGGAAUCAUCACUUCACUAUUUCACCGUCACAGAAUCCACAGCAAUGUUUACGCAGGUCACGUACAGCAGUGUGUGUAUUUAAAUGACAGCGACCAACUGCUCGGAUGCAAACAUUAAUGUAAUGUUAAGUGCACUUCUGGACCCAUUGCCUCGAACACACAAUUUCCAGCUGUUAAGAAAAGGAAUGUACUUGUCAAGCUGUUUUUAUUUUUUUUGUUUUGUUUCAUUUGGGAUUGCUGAAAUUUGUGUUUCAUCUGGGUAACAGGGAAAUAAAAAUGAAUUAGACUUUCUAAUAAACAUGAGCAACUGA